CAAAUCUCCCCCAUCUUCCUCUUCCUCUUCCUCUCUCUUUUACACAUACACACAACACGCAGCAGACCACAACGAAAAAGAUAUAUAUAUUUUAGGAUCCAACAAAAUCACAUAUUUACAGAGAGACACACACAGAAGAAGCAUCCAUCAAUGCCUGCCGACAACACCCCUCCUUCUUCACCACACAACGUUAAUCCCCACAAUGAAGAACAACAACAUCAGCAGCAGCAACAACGAGACUUGUCUGAGCUGUCUCCUCCUCGACAAAACGGUCAUCCAACUGACCAAGAACCACACCACCUUCAAAACGGCCAGCAUCAAGAAGAAGGGGAAGAGGGAGAGGAAGAAGUAGACAUCAAAGAACAAGAAGUUCAAAAAGAAGAAGAGGGAGUGGAAGGAGGAGGAGGAGGGGAUGGGGAAGAAGGGAAAGAAGAAUCUGAUGGAACCCAGUCUUUUUCUUCGUCAUCUUCUUCUUCCAGUUGUGAAGAUGAGGAAAAGCCUGAAUUUGUCUUUGUGGAACUUCCGGACAUUCGUAAAGAUGUGCAGUGUCCCAUAUGUUUAGGGAUCAUAAAGAAAACACGAACUGUAAUGGAAUGCCUGCACCGUUUUUGCAGGGAAUGUAUUGAUAAAUCAAUGCGAAUGGGGAACAAUGAGUGCCCUGCUUGCCGCACACAUUGUGCAAGUCGGCGGUCCUUGAGAGACGAUCCGAAUUAUGAUGCCCUAAUUGCAGCUUUAUAUCCAGACAUUGAUAAGUAUGAGGAGGAGGAAUUGGCUUUUCACGAAGAGGAAAUGACUCGGAACAAACAGAUUCAAGCUUCAAUUGCCCAAAUAAUUCAAAGACAGUCAGAAGCACUAGUUAAGAGACGCACAAUGGGUAAAGAGUCAACUUUCAUGACACGAACACGUCGGACUAUUACAAGGAGGCGACGGAACAGUCGGAGCAGUGAUUUUCAAGGAUCUGAAGACAUUGAGGAUGAAAAUGAUGACAAUAUAGGCAAGGAUUCAUCUUCUGCUGAUGAGCGCUCCACUGAAGUUAGGCAUAGGAGGCCUAAGAGACGGUGGCCCUCCCAGCCUUCUUCUUCAGCAGUCAAUUCAGAGGGUGGAGGUGCUGAAAAUGAUUUAGAUUCAAACAGAGAAAACAGGGGAUUAUCUCCUGGGCUUGCGUGGAACACAGAAAUGCUUGCUUGGGGCAGGGGUGGUACUCGGAGUCACACACGAUAUGGCAAUCCUAGUGGUUGCAACAACAAGAAUUCACGAAAUACUCGCUUAUCCAAGCUAGUAGAAUAUCUCAGAAGCUUAGAUGAAAAAAAUGACGAGUUGGAUAUCCAUCUCAAGCUUAUUUCCUUGGGCAAUCAAAGUACACCAAGCUUGCAGCAGCCCUACCUUUGUUGCCGGCCCAGUUUGUCAGUUAAACACCUAUGUGAAUAUGUUGCUCACCAGACGACUUUGCAAGCUGAGGAAGUUGAACUCUUGUUAAUUAAGGGGAAGGCUGAAAAUUUGUCAGCCAAACAUUCUCAGAUCCCUAUGGAUGAGCUGCAAAUUUUGAAGGGACAAGAAACAGUUGCAGGUCUUAAAGCAAGUUGCUCUUCCAGUAGAGAUCAUUUGAUACUAGCAUAUCGGCAGAAGGAGAUCAUCAAAAGUUGACGUUAUGGCUCCAUUGGAAGAAAAACAAAAGGCAUCUCAUUGGGGGAGAUUUUGGACUGCCAACAUUGUUUUGUUUUAAAGCAAGUCUCGCUGCUGAGAAUGGAAAUCUUAGUUUUUUUUUUUUUUUUUACCUUUUCAAGUUUUUUAGAUUAGCCUUUUAAUUUAUUCCUACUACUUCCUUUCCUGAACCCAAAGCCCUGUAUACGAGUUUUAUACGAGAAAAGUUAUGUUUAUUGUUAGCAGAUAGGUUCAUUUCAUCUGCAAAAUUCUCCUCGAUUGUGUCUCGAAGGAGGUUUCCAUGCCCAACAACAGUAAUAACCUAGCAUUUGGUUACUGUCUCGAGAAGACAGCUGUCGACAUUGAAACGACGAUAAAUUAAUUUUGUUGUCUGUUUUUGUUCAAUCAA